AUCAAAGGCUUUCCACAAGCUGGUGAAAAGUGCGUCUGAGGAAGGAUUAGCAUUUUUCUGCACCUCUGGUCGAAGAUAUGCAAAUAUUUUUACAGCUAAGAUCAAAUUGAUUGACGCCAGAAACGUAUUUAGUGAUCGAUUUGCAUGUAUAAAAAGUUUGCAUUCCAUGGGAUCCGAGAACGCCAGUCGAUGGAACGGUCGAUCAACAGAAACUGACAUAUCCAGCACAAUUAUGUCCACAUUGUACGCCUAAUAAUUGUCUUAUGACAGUCGUCUAUUCUCAGAAGAGCAGAGAUGCUUGUAGUUGUGUGACAUGUCUAGUUUUCAAGAAAGGUGUCUUUAGAAAAUCAAUCACAUGGGAAAUUUGGCUUGUUGCGAAAAGAAACCAGCAUCUUCGGACGUUGAUCUUGAAGCGGGACAACAAAAUCCGACCUUGAGGUAAGCAGAUUGGAACAAAAUCUGAGAUCAAUUUCCCUGUUCUCGCGCAAGUUAGGUUUUGUGUGGUGGUCUAACUGGGUCUAAGCAAUUACUUUUAAUGGGAUUAUUUUCUUAAGGUGAAACGUUGCGUCGAACAUUUGGAUCCCUCAAAAUGCGGAGAUUUCUUUGGAGGGUAAAAUUGUUGCGGUGUUUUUAAUAAACCACAACAUUGUGAAAAGAUUGUUGUUGUUGUUGGUUAAUUUUAAUGAGAGCAAAUCUAAUGUUCUGUAAAAUUAAAAAUGCGCCAUUGUAUUUGUUCCAGCUGACUGAUGUUUUAUCGGUGCAUCGGUAAAUACACUUCAAUCAGCUUCAAUGGAUUGCGGACGUGUUUUAUCUACGUUUUAGAUAAGCUAAAAACAUUUAGACAUAAAAAGAGUACGAUUUGAAAAUCUAAAGCGUAACUGAGUAGUGAUCAUAUCAUGGAUAAUAUCCGCAUAAUGGAAAUCGCUACUGGAAAAUGAUAGUUAGAUCCAAUAUACCCUGAAUCAUGUUUGUACGGGCUUGAUUGGAAAGCAUACUAUAUCGAGAUCACCUUUACAAUGUUUAAUUUAGUAAUGGCCUUGGCAUAUUAUUCUGUAAAUAUAUGAAUUACCGUACUAAAAUAACUCUUCAAAUGAUGAUUUUCAUAUUAUUAACUCCUGGAACAGUCAAUUUUGUUUCAUAAUUCAAUGACCAAUAAUUGUAUUUAAAAAUUCCCCCAAAAAUGUAUAAAGAUAUCGAUUUGCAAAUCCAGCAGUGCUCGUUGCCAUCUGGUACCACCCUCCAAUUGCUGAAUUUUAAACUCAGCAUGAGGUUUUUUUUUUAUUAUUCGAGAUUUUUCGGUAAUUAUACAGCCCAGUGGCAGGUCACUAAAAACUCCAAGGGAAAGAGGUGUAGAAACCUUAACCUUUGAGAGUGGUAUACUCAGUAGGCAGUUGGAGGUGCAUAUGUAUGCAGUCUCACCUGUAUUUUGUUAUUCUCCUUAAUUAGUGAUGUUGGAGCCAGCGACACAUCAUUGCCCUUAGUAGCAGAUUCUGAUGAGCAGAAGGCACCUUUAACCAAGGGCAUUAAGGCGUCCAAUGAAGACUUUCAUCUUUCCUUACCACAAUAUGAAACACCUGAAAGUGAGUUCCAUCAGAAAGAGAAAUCUCUCCCUGGAUCUUAUUCCUCAUUAGAUGAACUUUGCGGAAGAAAGAAAAACAAAUCUAAGAUAAGCAAGAAGCUCUUUGGCAAAAAGGAUAAUGAUGAAUCAGAGCGAGAAUUGGAUGAAGCUUCAAAAGUAUCCACUGUCAAUAUUCCUAAUGGAAAGGAAACAACACUGAAAGAGUAUGAGGUUGACAUUGAAAUUUGCCCCAUAGAACAUGCCCCUGAUAAAAAUGAGCCAGACAUUGAUAUUUAUCCACUUGACCAAGAGGUGUCAAUACCUGUGUCGUCAGUUAAUGGCUCAGAGAACAAAUCUUCUGGUAGUUCCAAAGGAGUCAGCGACAACAUGGAUGGUAUCAGUGCUCCAGAAAUUGUUAUGUCAACAGAAAACCAUGUUGACGGUAAAACAACAGUAACAUCCUGUGAUAAGCAGUCCGCUUCAGAUGAGCUGUAUAAACAGGUGAUGUCAGGAAGAAUAGAUGUUACUAUUCCUAACAUGGCCAAGAUUGUCAGGAUAUUUACCAGCUCCACGUUCACAGGUAACAGCACAUGUUGCUCGGGAAAAAGUAAGGGGGGGGGGGGUAGUCUCCCUCGCAGCUGUUUUUGGGUGAGUGAUAAGUAGGUUAGUAAAACUUUUUUUUAAAGAGUUGAGGGUGAACUUGUAAACUUGUGGUUGUCAUUAGUUGUAUCCAGUUGAAUCUUGAAUUUUUGUGGCUUCUUUUUGCAAUUAAAUCACCAUUGCCACCAUGUUUGCUUAAACCUUUAUGGCCAAAAGGAGACAAAAUUGUUUACGAGGAGGCUCCACCUCGAGGUGCAACCCCUUACCCAUUCAUGUACCAUUUUGGACAGAAAAGUUUAUAUCUCUCUACUAAUAAUUUGGAAUGCUGCACCCCUUUUACUAGUAAGUACUGUAAAUGCACCAUCUUUUAAAUAUGAAUAAGUCACUAAACCAGAAAGUAUUCUUGUCUUUUUUCACAGCCAUAAAAUGCCCCUGAUAGCUUUUUUACUGUAGGUCCUUUCACAGACCACAAUGACAGAUUUCCCUACAUGUUUUCAUAUCCUUCUACCUGUACAAAUGAAACCCCUACCCUCUCAUAUACCUGAAGCCCUGAAAAUGGUACCCCUUUUGGGCGGAGCCUUACCGUAUAGGCUAUUAUAGGGAGUCCUCCUCUGGCUUAUGGCAAAGCUUAUGCUAUGACAUUGUGUAAUAUCCAGUACAAACCCUAUUAAGGUAACUUUAUAUUACUUCUACCACAGAUACAAGAGUUGAGCGCAAUGCACUGAUGAACAGAGUGUACCCCAAGCUGAGAGAAUUCUGUCAUGAACAUGGCUAUGAAUUCCAUGUAGUGGACAUGCGCUGGGGUGUACAUGAUCCCUGCACAGAUGAUCAUUCUAUUAGUGAGAUUUCUCUCAAGGAACUCAGAACUUGCCAAGAGCUCUCUACUGGCCCCAACUUUGUGGUAAGAUCCGUAACAAAUACAUGUUAAUUCAAGCUACGUAGUUAUAUACAUGAAGCUGGAAUUUUUUCCCAACAGCUCACACUCUCAUUGGUUACUGCAAGGUCACAUGACAUCUACCAAUGAAACUGUUUCCCGCCAAAAUCUCCGAGCGCGCAACACUGCAAAAUCUAUGAAAUCAGAGGGUAACAGUACACUGUUACCCACAUUUUUUAAUGUUGACCAAUGACCAUUGUUUAGUAAGGUUUAAUGAAUUUUCAGCUUCAUAUUAACUGUUUCCCAGGCCCGGUCAUUUUAUAAGUGUUAAGGGUGUGACUUAAUAUGAACAAUGUUGCCCUUAGAGAGUAAAGGAAGUGUGAUUUUGCAAAAAUUUACUUUGGUAAAAUUGUGGGAUUGGUUGGUAUAUUCAGAAAGAACUAGAUGGAAUAAGCCUCCUGGUCAAAAAUCAGCCUGUUAGUGUUAAUUUUUUGGAGAUAUAAUUAUGCACAUCAUUAACCGUUAUGCUCUGAAGACUCCAUUCAAAGCUUAGGGAAAGAUAAGCUACAGAUACAAAAAGUAGAAUACCCUUUUUGCUUAACAAGAUCAGCAUCAUGUAAUGUGGUCUUGUUUUCUGAUCAUACUCAUCUGAGAACUUUGUCAUGUCCGUCUCUCGCACUCCUCACACAUGUAAGUACCAGAGGUAACUUAUCGAUGAUGAAUAAUAUCAACAAGCGAGUAAUCAAUGAGUAAUCAUUGGGUAAUCAACUGAUUAGUCUUUGAUUAUUGGCCAAUAUUUAAGCACUAGACCACACUUUCUAUGGGUUUACCGGCGUGAUAACCCAAGCUGGAUGUUGGGAGAACACGAGAAAAGCUUGUAAAUCACGAGCCAAAGGCGAGUGAUUUACAACCUUUUCUCGCAACAUCCCGCAUGGGUUAUCACGCCGGUAAACCCAUAGAAAGUGUGGUCUAGUUUUCUAUGACUUUACUGGCACAAUAAACUAUAGGUUUUUAACCAAUCAGAACGCGCACUAUCUUAAAUAUUUUAUAAAUAGAUUUAGCCAGGGCUAAAAGCGAAGCUCUCGAUAAUAUACAUGUAUAUACUGUAGUUCGUUCAAACAAAAUAUAAAAUCGUGUCUUCUCUGAAUGCUAAGCGGCGAACGCAACGCUGAAAAACGGUGAAAAACAACAAUAGGUCUAAUUAGCAGAAAAGCAACUUUGCACGCGCAGCACACGUUUUUGUACAUUUCUUUGCCGUUGUUUUGCACGACUACAACGUGAAACUUCCAGAAACUUAGUUACACUUUUAAUGGGGGAAUGUCGUACGAGUUCUCGUUCACUUUUUUCACUGCCUCUCAUUUUCACCUUGCAUUUGAUUUGUGGCCGCUAGCAUUUCUCAUUUUAUCACCGCCGCCGUAAAAUUUUCAUCCUCUUGUUCCAACAAAAAAAUGUCUCCUUUGUUUUUUUCUCUCGCUCUAGAUCUCUGUGGCCCUUUUUCUCGUUGAGUUUCGCUGGCCUGCCACUUUUUCUCUUUUCUCUGUCUUUCUCUUGCUCUGUAUUCCAAAUUUGUGGACGUGACAAUCUAAGCUUAAGACGAAAUCGACCAGGAAAUUGGGUAAUUUUAAUUUUGAGUGGACAAAAUCUUGUACCAGAAUAAUUUAAAGCAUAUCGCAUUCAUGCUAAUCAACUGAUUACCCGUCGAUUACUUAUUGAUGUCAUUGUUGUCAUCGAUUAGUUACGUCUGGUAAUUAAUCGUUUCUACCAAAGCUGACUGGAAAAAACCAGCAGGACAUAAGAGAAAGUUAGGGCCUGUUUACAUACAGGUGGAGCACUGCAGGUAGGUGAGGCCGGUAACCCGCUCACUUGGGGUAAAAAAAAUAGCCCGUGUUUGCAUGCAAUUAUGCAACCCCGCCAUCCCAGUGUGCAGUUUCUAGGGUCCCCCACCUCCAUGUAAAAACAACUCUUAGAAUCACGAUCACGUCAUUUUCAUCAUGUGACCAAGUUUUCUCUGAAGUUGUCGGUUACUGUUCAUUAGGGACCUUAUGAUCCGGUAACGGUGAGGUCCAAGAAAACGUCGCUGAAAAAUAUACUUCGCAUCCUUUCACUUUUUUUCGCGAUUAUUCCAAGGGACCCGGUUACUUGAAGAAGGGAAUUUAGUUUGGAGCUGAAGAGAAGGGACCGCGCCCAAGUUCUGAAAGAGAUGGUAGAAUUUAUCGCCUUGCCGUUCCCAUUGUCAAGUAAACUUAAAAUUUGGUCAUUUCAUGUCGUAGUUGUACAGGGACUGCAAAGAAAUGUACAAAAAUGCGUGAUGCACGUGCGGAGUUGUUGUUUUGCUGAUUAAACCUAUUGCUUUUUUGACGUUCCGGUUGCCGCCACCGUCGGAGUUUCGUUAGGUCCCUAUUAUACAGUGGACCCUCCAUUAAGCCGCAACCCUCGGGGUACCGGCAAUUGAGCGCUUAAUGGAGAUUGGCCGCUCAACAGAAUUUCGUCAUAAAUCAGCAAAAUCUUUAACAGAAACUUUACUUUCUUUUGAAACCAACGCUCGAAAGAAAGAAUCUUCACUUGUCCCCAACUGGUGGGCACCUUCUAUCUCAGACUGCUUUUUUCUUCAUCAUAUUCCGGCUUAACAUGAAGCCAAACUGAGUGUACAAAGCUCUUGAUGGAGCUGUGUCACGAAAUUCAGCCAAAUUAGGAAAUUACAAAAUGCCCGUUAAAUUAAGAGAAACAUAAAAAUAACUGCUUAAAACUUUAAAGGAAGGUUAAAAUAACAUAACGGAAACAACAGAUGCCAUGGAUGGGCAAAACUGAAGAAGAAUGAAACGGAUUGAAAUUAAGGUUUUUGAAAACUGUUCAGCCUAGCAGUUUUUCAAAGUUGAUCCCUGCUGCUUGCAACUUCAAAAAUAAUGCUCAGGAGACAUAUUUGUUUGUCUCGGAUAUCUGAUUUUGUCAUAUACCUGUAAUUUCUUUGCUUACUUUAAUUUUCAUAGCGAUUGAGAGCGAGUAAUUGGCAAAGUUAAACAAAAUGAACUGGACUGCCGUGACACAGCCCCUUUAAAAGAGGUGAAAACAAUGGAAGAACUUUCGUUGGGACCGCCAAAAGGUGGCCGCGGCCGUUUAAUAGAGGUAGCUGCAUAAAAGAGGUAUAAUUUCCCAUCCUUUUUUAUAAUUCUUUCGGGACUUUGAUCACUGGCCGCUUAAUGGAGGUUCGUCUGAAUCUAUAGAAAGCCUGCGGCUCGUGUGCCACUUCUUUUUUCUUUUGCCACUAAACAGACUCACGGCAGCGUGGAAUCAUCAUUGCUCGUUUUAUACAAUGUACAGAAAAACGGAAAACUUGCUUCGUACAGCUUGACUGUUGGAGGAUUUGUGCUAAGCGUAGGUGGCAAAGUAUUUAAAAACUUCAAGUAGUUUCAGUACUUUUUGUUUUUAUCAUCUAUACAAUUGACUAUUAUUUACCAAAUUGUCAGAAAUGGUUCUGUACCUCAUUAUAAUAAGUAAUUAUCCUCUGUUGAUUUAAGCGGAUAUUUAAACACAGCGCAAAUUACCGAAUGUUGAAUUCCAGUUGUCGCCUGUUAAUCAAAAUAAACACUCAAGGUGAAUUUGCAUUAAAAAUUUGAGAAAAAGAAGACUACCGAAAAUAGAUUGAGUGGAAAAGGUCUUAUAAGUAUUGGAUGCUGUUACGAGCGCUUUCACGAUGAUUAAUAGGAAAAUAACCAACAGAUAAUCUGGAGGAUAGGUCUUCAUAUCCAUAGAUAAUUAUACAAAUUAUAAUUUUUUUCAUUGAGCUCGGCUAUGGAUAUUGAUGUUUUUCCAGCCACACCUGUGCCAGUAAUAUGACAGUCCGAUGCCUAAUUGACCGUGGUACAUUUACCAUGGACUAUAGAAAUCAAUAACCUUAAUUAUCAAAUUUCGGCUGUUUCCUCUCAGUUCUUGCGUUCUUUCUUUGCGGGCUUUAUACUAGCUUUUAAUUAGAAAAUCCUGCUCCAUGACAAAUGUUUUUGCCGGCAAUAAACACUUAUUAUAAUACCACCGCAAUUACAUAACUGCAAUGACCUUAGGUUCUUCUUUUUAAAUCCUACAUAAGCUGAGUAAACUUCCUAACUCUGGAGCAAGACGUUCAGCACUAUCUAAAAAGAUAAAUGAUUUAAAAAGCGUUCACUAUGGACCGAAACGAAACAGAAACAGCGAACAUCUUUUCAAACACAACUAAGUCAGUGUUUCAUUGCUCGCACGAACCAAACUUAGUCUGGGAUUUACAAGAGACUACUUCUCCUUGGGUUUUCGCCGCUAUCGCGUCUAUAAUCUCUCCUUCUGCGGUUCUUUUGAACGCAUUAAUAAUCAUAUCAGUGAAGCGAAGGAAAGAACUGCAGAGAGCUUCCAAUAUCUUGUUAUCAAGUAUGGCCGUGACAGAUCUUCUAGUAGGAAGUUUAUGUGUACCGUUAUCUGCUGUGGUUGGACUGUUAGUUUCUUAUCGAGUACUGGCUGACCAUUACAUUUGCAAGUUGGACUUUGUUGUGUUAUCGUUCUCGAUCACUCUAACGCUUUGCUCGGUUUUUCAUCUGACAAUGAUUGCAUGGGAAAGGUACAUGGCCAUUCGAAAAUGGAGGGACUACAAAGUUAGAGUGACUAGAAGCCUUACAAAAAAGCUGGCAACAAUUGCUUGGAUAUUAUCAAUAGUAACUUUAUCUCCACUACACUUUAUUACUCUGAUGAGGAGGGAAAAUGACGUCUUCAGUUUAGCUCUGGAGAUUUUCUUCAUCAUUCUUUCAGUUUCGGUAAUGUUUGCUCUAUGUCUUAUCAUAUAUUUUUAUGUCAUGGUGUAUCUUAGAGUUCGGAAAUGCAAGUUAAGUCAAAUUGGGCAAGUCAGCGGGUUAGUGAACGGAAAACUCGAACACAGAGUAGCUAUGACCACUGUUUUGGUUACGGUUGCCCUGAUUCUUUCCUUUUACCCAGUCAUCCUUGGCAGUAUGUUACAAGGAAUUUAUCCAGUCUUUCGUCAACGUUUGGCGAUGCGUGUAGGGGACACAUUUUUGUAUCUAAAUUCUGUAGUUAAUCCACUCAUUUACUGCUACAGAGAUAGCCGUUUUAGGAAAGCUGUGCUGGAGAUUUUGAGGCUUAGAAGACCCAAAGUGGAGCCGUUUGUUGUAAUGACUGAUGCAGCAAGAUAUCGCCACGUCAGACGGAACGAUAUAUCCGGUUCCGGAAAAGAUAAGCCACAGAUACAGAGAGCGAAAAACCCUGUUCGCUUAACAAGAUCGGCGUCCUUGGAGUUGGUGUUGUUCUCUGAUCAGACUCAUCUGGGUUUUCAAAAGACGGUGCUAAAAAGAACCUUGUCAUGUCCGUCUCUCUGACUCCUCAUAAGUAAUCGUUUCUACCCGGCAACUCUUGCAUUGCAACAACCAACCGGACAUUGUCGUCGCUACAGCAGUGACCCAUAUGUAAGCUCUGAUGUUCGAUUCCGGCCUUUUCAAACUUUGGUGAAUGAACCUGGUUUGUUUGUUGGUCGGAAUAUUUGUUCAAAGCUUUGUCUGAACAACAAGAGGACAAAAACACCCAAGCAUUGAAAACCCCGUUCGUUUGACAUGAUCAGCAUCUUGUAAUUUUUUGGGACAGACGGCAAAUUGUUGUUGCUCAGAGUAUCUAUAAGUCGUAUCUGUUCAUCAAUAGGGUGCCUAAAAUGUGUGCAGUUCUACAAUUGGUUUCGACUAAUCCUCAUCCUGGGCGAUGUACUCUAUUAUUGUUUUAUUAUAUAAACACCACUCAAAUACCAGGUGAGUUUUCGCGCGAAAACGUUACAUCUUCACAUGUUAUUUUCACAUGUGAAAAGAUCACCGUUGCUAUGGCUACAUAAUAAAUCGCGCCUUUAGCAGCAAAAAACUAUUUAAGUGAAAUGGUUUGGAAUUUCGUUGGUGUUUAUAUAAUGAAUAGAACAUUACAUGGCCGCCUCGAGACCGCGCGGCCAUGUAAUAGCCUCCAUAUAUUACCUUUAAGACCACAGGCUGCCCAUACGCACUGUGCAUGUCAAUAAGUAUGCAUUGCAGAUCGAGAAAAAUGGAUCGGGAGUGGAAACGACGAUAUUCGACCAAGAGGAGUUGUAAAAUAUGUAAUAUUUCAAAUAAAUAUAUCUUUACCAUUACAUCCUUGUCUGUUUAUUUGUCCUGGUUCAUUUUCGACCAGAAUUUCCUGUUUCUCGUCGAGUCUGACACAGUUGUUUUUCCACGGCAUAGUCGCCUUUUUAGUCACGUGAGUAUUUGAAACCACAUGCUCGAUGAACACUUCAGACGUUCGCUUAAUUCAGUCAUUCCACAUCACCAAGAUCUGUUUGUUUGUCUGAGUCUUUCAGGGGGUCUAACAUUUGAUGAGGUCACCCCUGCGCAAAUUGUCACUUCAGAAUUGAAUUCACGCUGUUUCUUAUUCCAUUCAUUCGAUUUGUCGAGUAUUGGGAAAUUUUCCUGUAGGUUAGCCAUUCGGAAGGCAGCCAAGCGCGGUCAUUGCACGCGUGCUGAACAAGAAUGGUGUAUCAUGACAGAGUAGAAACAAUAGAAAACUCCCAAAGCAUAAACUCAGCCAAAACGCUUAAAAUCUUCAAUGUUUACUCAAGUUUGGGCUUAUAGAAGAUAAUGUUACAGUUUUUCAAUGACCAUGAAAUUCAGAAUCCGGGUAGUUAGUUAAUCCAUCGUGGCCCUGAAAAAAUUUGAAGGAAAAAAAACUACGAACUUUUAAGAAAAUGCUUUUUUCGUGAGAAGGACUCCUAAACGCUGACAAAUAAUUUCUAUAUGUUUGCAUUGCUCGAAAUCGCGCGCAUUUACACGGCCCUAAAGGUUUUUGCUGACGUGCAAGGACCCAUCUGUUAUAAAUUUCCCCAAAAUAAAGGGAUAAAUCACAUAGUUUGUUAGAAAUAAUCGUGUAAAGUUUGCUUAUCAUUUUCACAUAAUUAUGACCUAAAUUUGCAAACCGCUGAAUUUCUCGCA